CUUUCUGAUAGAUCGUCCUCAGGAAACCAUCAAACGCCAAAGGGUCGAACCUGCAGAGAUUAAAAAACCACUGGAUGUAGCAAACAAAGUAACUCCGUUAAUUCCAUCUCCAAAGCCAAAACCAGACAAAAAAAUAGUUGUGAAAGAAACGCCUGCGCGAGUCAUGGUCCCACCACAGCCUCGAAAACCCAUUGCAUCCGAUAGCACUGAAAAGUUGCCUUCUGGGAGAACUCGUACUGCACAUACUGCUACAUUUAAAACCAAACCUACAGGUCCACCUACAAUUACACCUACAGCUAAAUCCACUAUACCACUAAAAGUUAGACAGUUGAUCGCCACUAAAUUGUACGACCAAUAUGUCCGCAUUUAUCAACAUAAUCCUAGUUUAGCAACCAACCAAACAAGACUUCAGGAAGACAAAAUCCAUUCAGGUACCAUCAAUCUUGCCGGAUACAAACAAAUGGCCAUGACUACCAUCAUGAAUUUAAAAAAGAGACCGGUGAGUUUAGGGGAUCAUGAUAUUGGUAUCGAUGGUGAAUGGGUGGACCCCAUUGCCAAGAGAGACACGGCUUCUGCCCUGUACGAACGAGCUCUGGAAGCUGUAGUGGAUAUAGAUUUGUUGCAGCAGUUACAGUAUCCUUUACCUGAUCUCUUGGAUGAACCGCAUCAGCCCCAUAUGCCCAUGGUAGGUACGAUUCAUGGUUGUGAUCGAUGUAAAGGCGAGUAUCUGAUUAAGGACGUAUUGGAUAAAAAUGAUAUGGACUCGUGUGUCUAUCACCCAUCCCGAAUGAAGAUCAUGAAAGUGGAUGGGAUAAAGGAGAAAGUGUACGGUUGUUGUGAGGAUCCUCUUGGAAGCACUGGCUGUAACCGAGGACCUCAUGUAUACAAGGACGAAGAUUUACGUAUCCUGCAUCAAAAGAAACCUUAUUUAAAAACGCCCGCGUAUAAUCCUAAAUCAACCACACGCCAAAAGUUGGUGGCAUUGGAUUGUGAAAUGGGGUAUACGACAGCUGGUAUGGAACUCAUCCGAUUGACAGCGGUGGAUCAAGACAUGAAGAUCUUGCUGGAUGAACUGGUGCUACCUUCCAAUAUGAUUAUAGAUUUGAAUACCCACUAUAGUGGUAUUAAAACCUUGGAAGGGGUAAAGUAUGAUUUGGAUGGACUCAGAAACGAGUUAUUCAAGUAUGUGGAUGAAGAUACAAUUAUUGUAGGUCAUGGAUUAGAGAACGAUAUGAAUGCAUUGAGAAUCAUCCAUACAAAGAUUAUCGACACGGUAGCAUUGUUUCCUCAUAGAGCAGGACUUCCCUAUCGAAAUAGUCUUCGUGGUCUAUCUUCGGGUGUCUUGAAAAAGUUCAUUCAAGUUGGUACUGAUGGUCAUGAUUCCUUUGAAGAUGCCCGUGUUUGUAUCGAAUUAUUGCAAGCUUAUAUUAAAAAGCAGGAUAAAUUAAAAACAAAAUAAAUGUUU